UCCAAAGGAAAGAAAAGAAAAGAAAAACACUGAUUGCUGCGUAAGUCAUCCAAAUCGGGUUUCUGGACAAAGUCACAACGAAACACUUGUUCUCCAUAUAUACCCCCCUUUCAUGACUUUCUUCUUCCUCUGAUCCGGUGAAUCAUUACAGUACCUGCUCUAAAUUCCGAUCAGAUGGACGGACCUCAUAAACAUCAGGUAUCCCUACGCGGUGCGAGUGCCAAAGAGAUCACUAGAGAUGCUUUACUUGAGAAAGUUACCCAGGAGCGUGAAUUUCGUAAUUAUAUUCGAAGAGCAACCACUGCUUCUCUAUUUAUUCAGAGGGUUUGGAGACGCUAUACUGCAAUGAAGAAGGUAGCUGCACAAGUUCGUGAAGAAUGGCUGGAGAUGCUCAAUUGUCAACCAGUUCCUACAGGCAGAGCUUGGAUUUCCAACAGUUUAUUGAGACCUGUUCUUUUCUUUGUCACAACUUUAACAACUCGAGGCCGGAAGUUUGAAAAUAAAGAUGUAGAUUGUAUGCAGGUCUGCUUCAGAAUACUUUUGGAGAGUAUAAAUUCCAGUGAUCCACAGAGAAACUUUUGCACUCUUGCCUUAUCUAACAUUGAAGAGCGAAGAACAUGGACAUAUCAAGCAAAGAAGUUAAUUUCCCUAUGUGUACUUAUUCUUUCAGAGUCUGAUUACUCAUAUCAUGAGGGACAUCAAUUUGUUGUUCUCACCUCUAUGGCAAUGCGGUUUGUUGUUAGCUUGACUGACUUGAAAGGUUGGAAAGCUCUUAAUGAAGUUACGCUUCAAGACGCAGAUAGUGCAGUGAAAGGCCUAGUAGGGUACAUGUGCAGUGAGAAAAGUCAGCUUUACUUUUCCAUAAGAAGAUACGUCAGUAGAUUGGAUGUUCAUUUUUCUUCACAAACGGAAACUGUUGGAUAUGCAGACGAUAGAUUCUUGAUUACCGUGAGUGCAAUCACUCUGGCACUGCGACCCUUCAAUAUUGGCAACAUGAAUACGACAGAGGAUGGGUUUGUAGAUAUCCAGUCUGCUGCUGAGCAGUACUGUGUUCUUCUGCUCACUAUUCCUUGGUUUAUUCAACGUCUUCCAGCAGUGCUCUUACCUGCUAUAAAGCAUAAAUCUAUCAUGUCGCCUUGCUUCAGUCAAAUAUUGAUGUCGAAAGAGAAAGUUUUGGAGAAGAUUUCAAAGCUGAAUAAUUUGGAACAGAGUUCAAGUACAAAGAUGUUGCCACCUGUUGCUUGGAUACUUGCCAACGUUAUUUGUCUUGUGAUAGACAGCAAUUCAAAGGAUUCUGGAAAAUUCACUCAAGGUCUGGAUUUUUCGUCCUACCUCCGUAUUGUCAUUAUUCUUGCUGAAAAGUUUUUAACUUGCUUUGAGGGAGCUCGGUGGACUACAGAAGACCAGUCACCCCAAGUUAAUGGCGAGUUAUUGGUUGACAAUUUUUCUUUUGAGAUCCAGAAACAAUCUAAUUUGUCAUACACGGACUUACUGAAGCCUGUCUGUCAACAAUGGCAUUUGAUGAAGCUGUUGACAUUGGACAAGGAUCCAUCCAUUCAGAAAGCUGAGUGCGAAUUGACAGAUGUUGCAUACUAUUAUUCUUGUAUGCUCAGGAUAUUUACCAUUCUUAAUCCAGCGGUUGGGUCGAUGCCGAUCCUCAACAUGCUCUCAUUUACCCCUGGAUUUCUUUUAAAUCUGUGGGAAGCGCUUGAAAAGUCAUUUUUCCCUAAAUCAAGCUUCUUUCCCGAUGCCAACAGCUCCAGCAGUAAUAGAAAUGUAGACUUAAGGGAUGGGAUUUCCAAGAAUAAGAAAAAGGGGGUAGCUAAGAAUGGAGGCACUAAAUGGGUCAAUGUUUUUAAUAAGAUCAGUGGAAAGUCCCAAGGAGAGAUCGAGCAGAUAGAUUCCAUUAAUAACCUUGAUACCCAAAUGAUUGGGGAUGACCCUUCUGAUGUAUGGGAUAUUGAGUCUUUGAGGAGGGGUCCCGAGGGUUUAGCAACUGAAUCUUGUCAUCUAGUCCAUCUAUUCUGUGCUACUUACUCUCACCUGUUACUCAUCCUUGAUGACAUAGAGUUUUAUGAUAAACAGGUUCCUUUUACACUGGAACAGCAGCGCAAGGUUGCAUCAAUGGUGAAUACAUUAGUUUAUAACGCUCUUUCCAACAGUGUUCCCUGGCAUAGUCGUCCUCUUAUGGAUGCUGCAGUUCGGUGCCUUCAUCUGUUGUAUGAAAGAGAUUGCAGGCACCAGUUUUGCCCCCCUGCUCUCUGGCUUUCCCCAGCUAAGAAGAAUCGACCACCAAUUGCUGUUGCUGCCAGAACUCAUGAAGUUCUGUCAGCUAAUCUUAGAUCUGAGGAUUCUUUGGUCAUCUCUAGUAUGCAAUCUGUUAUCACUACAACCCCACAUGUUUUUCCUUUUGAAGAAAGAGUUCAAAUGUUCAGAGAAUUUAUUAGCAUGGACAAAGCAUCUCGAAGAAUGGCUGGUGAAAUGAUUGGACCAGGUCCACAAGCCGUUGAAGUAGUAAUCCGACGUAGCCAUAUUGUUGAAGAUGGAUUCCAGCAAUUAAAUUCGCUUGGAUCAAGAUUAAAGUCUAGCAUUCAUGUCUCAUUUGUUAGUGAAUGUGGUCUCCCGGAGGCUGGGCUAGACUAUGGUGGUUUAUCAAAAGAGUUUUUAACUGACAUAGCAAAAGCUGCCUUUGGCCCUGAUUAUGGACUAUUCACCCAGACCUCAACUUCAGACAGACUUCUAAUUCCAAGUUCAGCUGCAAGAUUUGCGGAUAAUGGCAUACAAAUGAUAGAAUUUCUUGGAAGAGUUGUUGGCAAAGCACUCUAUGAAGGAAUAUUACUAGAUUAUUCCUUCUCCCAUGUUUUUGUACAAAAGCUGCUAGGCCGUUAUAGUUUUAUCGAUGAGCUUUCAGCACUGGAUCCAGAACUCUACAAGAAUCUUAUGUAUGUGAAGCAUUAUGAUGGUGACGUGAAGGACCUGUCACUAGACUUUACAGUUACUGAAGAGUUACCCGGUAAGCGGCAUGUUGUAGAACUAAAAGCUGGUGGCAAGGAUGUCAGUGUGACAAAUGAUAACAAGUUGCAAUACAUAUAUGCUAUGGCAGACUAUAAACUUAACCGUCAGGUAUUGCCACUUUCAAAUGCAUUUUAUAGAGGAUUGACAGAUCUUAUAUCCCCAUCUUGGUUAAAAUUGUUUAAUGCCAGUGAAUUUAACCAGCUUCUUUCUGGUGGAAAUCAUGACAUAGAUGUUGAUGAUUUGAGGAAUAAUACACGCUACACCGGUGGUUACAGUGAGGGCAGUAGGACGGUCAAGCUCUUCUGGGAGGUCAUAAGAGAAUUCGAGCCAAAAGAACGUUGCAUGCUCAUGAAGUUUGUGACAAGCUGCUCUCGAGCGCCAUUGCUUGGCUUUAAACACCUGCAGCCAAGUUUUACUAUUCAUAAGGUUGCAUGUGAUAUACCUCUUUGGGCAGCAUUUGGAGGACAAGAUGUGGACCGUCUUCCAUCAGCUUCAACGUGCUAUAAUACUCUUAAGCUCCCAACUUAUAAACGAUCAAGCACGUUAAGAACAAAGCUACUUUAUGCCAUCAAUUCCAAUGCAGGAUUUGAACUGUCGUAGAUACAUAGUGUGUGCAUAGAGAUAGAGUUGUAGAUUGGGGCCAUGCUGCUAAGCUUCACCAAACCUUGUUAAUAACAACAGUCGAAUAUUCGGAACCGCUUUGAUUUUUUAAGUUGUGAAAGAUGUUUGAAAGCUUGAAUACAACACAGCAACGACAACAUCGAGACCCAAUCCCUGCAUGCGAGGCAUGAGGGUUUGACAGCUUGAAAACUGGUGCAAAGUUUUUUUUUUUUUUAGUGAUUUUGUUAUCAUAUUGAUUAUUGAGAACCUUACCCUGUCUUUGCUGCCCUUGUUACAUAAUUAUAUUUUUUUACUCUCCUGGUUGUGUUAUGUAAUUAUAUUCUCUCUCA